CAUUGGUGUCAAUCAUCGUCGUUGAUGUUUAUCGAUCGAUUGUUACCCUCUAAAAUAACCCCAGCGUGUUUUGUCUGGUUAUGAAAUACGCACACAUAUUGUUUUUUCUAUCUUUUUUUUAAGUGAACAUUUUUUUAACGAGUAAAUUUAUGGUGGGACCGAACACACCUGAUUGACUGGUGCUAAUAAAAGGACAAGGGAAAUAUCGGUAACUUUACCCCUUUUCGGCUAACAUCAGUGUCACGUUGGUUUUUUGUUGUCUGUAAUUUAUCGUUGGAAAGUCAUUACACCACCAAUAAUAAUCGGUUUCAUCCCUCUCGAUGAGGCGGCAAAAAGAUAAAAAGAGAACCAUAUUUUCAACAAAUAAACUCAAUUUACGCUACACUCCACCAAGCGCCUUCUGUCGUCUAGAUCAAACACCGAUUUAACCCUCAAAAAAUAAUGCCCUCAAAUCACUUAUCCAGUCGACUAUCAGCUAAAAUCGUGUUCGAACGUAAUAAAUCGGAUUUCGGUGGCCAAUUAACCCCGGAAAUGCGUCUGUUGAACCAUUAAUUUAAGGACACUUAACCUACACCUCACCUGUGACGACCAGGUAGUUCAAUACGUUUCCGAAGUAAAAGAAUUAAAUUUUAAUGGAACCAUGAAUGUUGUUACAAAUAUAAUAGAUAUUGAUCAUUACUUUAAUCCAGUUUCUGAACAAUGGCAACUCAAUAUGCAAAAUAAGCUCAAAUUUAAAUGUUCUACAAAAAAUUUUGAGGUUGUACGAAAAAGUAAACAACCAAAAUUAUUAAAUAAACCAGACCAAAUUUGUAAUCAUACAGUUAAAAAAGAAAAUUGCUUCUAUAGAGCAUUAUCCACUAUUAUAUGUGGGAAUGAUCAAUAUCAUAAUGAUCUUAGAUUUUUAAUCAUUGAACAUUUAAAAAAUAACAAUGCAUAUAUGGAAAAUUUAUUGGGACAAUUUAACAUGGAAGAUUAUUUAUGGCAACACUUAUCAACUGAUCCAAGUAUAAAUAUAAGUCCUGAUAUUGUUGAAAUAUUAGCAGCUGCAGUUUUUUUAGAAACAUGUAUUUACGAAUAUGAUUAUAUUACUCAAAAAUGGAAUUUCUACCAUAAAGAUUGGCCUAAUUAUCAAUCAUUUUCAAAUAACCAACAAUGUAUUUACAUAGCUCAAAGCAGAACAGAGUUUUCUUUAGUUUGUAAUGUUGAAGACACUGAAAAUGUCAAAACGUAAAAAACAAAAAAUUAUAAAUAUAAAUAGUAUUGAACUUAAAAUAAUUUUUUUUGUAAAUUUUUGCUUUGUUAUUUAAUAAUUAUUAUUAAUUUUUAUUAAUGAGUUAACUUUUAUACAUUACAUCAGUAUAUUUCAAGAUCUUUAAAAUUUUGUCCUAUAGAAUUUUUUAUCUGAAAACAAUUAAAAUUAAGUAAUGAUAACGAUUAGUAGCAGUGUACACUAUAAAAUUGUAUAAAUGAAAAUUCAACUAUUACCGUAAAUUUU